AUGGCUUGCAACGCAAUGUUGCUCCGGUUCAUCGAAGAUGGCCAAGUCGAAUACAUAAAAUUGUUGUUAGAAAAUGGAAUGGAUGUAAAUCAGCCAAUUAUAACAACUGGAGAAUUUGCUGGCUUUACAGCAUUACAUGUUGCGUGCAUGAAAAAUGACCCUGUAUUGGUGAAGUUACUGGUUAAAGAUUAUGGAGCAGAUGUCAAUGCCACGGCUGCUGACGGGAGUCAACCCUUACUUUUGGCUUGUUUAUAUGAAAAAUGCAAGGAGUAUCCAGAGUGGGGCGGUCCAAUAGGCACAUUGGUGAACGCCAAAGCAAAUGUUGAUAUUGAAUUUGGAAAAAAAAUUUUGUUUAAGCACUUCAAAGACAGAGAAUGGUAUCCCGAUUUCGGUGAAAAAAUACCUCUCGUUGCUUAUCUGAUUCUUAACAACGAAUCGGAUAAAACUUUGCUUUUUAAAGAAUGUAACAUAAACAUGAUAAGCCGAAGUAACAAAACAUUGCUGAUGUACCUUAUAGAAAAAGGCAAUAUUUAUAACACUGACAAAUUAAUCUCACGCUCUAAGGUUUCAAUAUUGAUGGAGAAUCUGAUAAACCAUCGCGAUGAUGAUGAUGUACCGCUAUCUCAUUAUCCACUGCAUCCUAAAAAAUUUGGAAAUUUUCGUUGUCACACAGAUACGCUGUUCGAAACUAAUAGCGUUACUUUUGAUUAUGAGUUAUUAAGGCACGGCAUUGACAAAUAUGCACUGAUAAAUAAUGACCCGGCAACAUUUUUACCUAAUCUAGCAGCUUACAGAUGUGCUCCAAGUAUGCUGGAACUUUUUUUACCUUAUUAUACUUCCAUGCCAUUAUCUAGAAUUUUACACUACGCCACGCUUCCUAUCGAUGAAAACUCUGAUAACUUGAUAUAUUUGGGCCCAUUAAAUCGAAAAUCAAAGCAAAUAGAAAAAAAGUGCAUCGAAAUUGCUUUGAAGGAUCUGGUCUUUAGGCGUGCAAUUAAAUCACCUGUUCCAAAAGAAGAAAUUGAGUUAAUGGAUAAACUAAUUUCAAGCGACAAAAAUAUCAGUAACAUUGUACGCAACUACAAAAAAAAAAUAACUGGCAUUUAUUCCUUGAAUGUAGAAUUCGGUAAUAAAAAAAUGAAAAUGUCUGAUUUUCUAAUGCUAGCUUAUGACGAUAAAAAAAUAAAAUUAUUGGCGCAAGGAGAAAGUUCACUGGAUGACUUUUUUGAAGAUUACAAGUUGAAUCUUGACAAAAAUGGAAUGGAUGUAAAUCAACCAAUCAUAACAACUGGAGAAUUUGCUGGCUUUACAGCAUUACAUGUUGCGUGCAUGAAAAAUGGCCCUGUAUUGGUGAAGUUACUGGUUAAAGAUUACGGAGCAGAUGUCAAUGCCACGGCUGCUGACGGGAGUCAACCCUUACUUUUGGCUUGUUUAUAUGAAAAAUGCAAGGAGUAUCCAGAGUGGGGCGGUCCAAUAGGCACAUUGGUGAACGCCAAAGCAAAUGUUGAUAUUGAAUUUGGAAAAAAAAUUUUGUUUAAGCACUUCAAAGACAGAGAAUGGUAUCCCGAUUUCGGUGAAAAAAUACCUCUCAUUGCUUAUCUGAUUCUUAACAACGAACUGGAUAAAACUUUACUUUUUAAAGAAUGUAACAUAAACAUGAUAAGCCGAAGUAACAAAACAUUGCUGAUGUACCUUAUGGAAAAAGGGGAUAUUUAUAAUACUGAAAGAUUUAUUUUAAGAUGUGAGGUUUCAAUAUGGAUGGAGAAGCUGAUAAACCAUCGUGAUGAUGAUGAUGUACCGCUAUCUCAUUAUACACUCCAUCCUAAAAAAUUUGGAAAUUUUCGUUGGAACAAAUAUACGGUGUUCGAUACGAUAUUCGAAACUGAUAUCGAUUGUUUUGAUUAUGAAUUAAUAAAGCACGGCGCUGACAAAUGUGCACUGAUAAAUAAUGACCCGGCAACAUUUUUGCCUAAUCUAGCAGCUUACAGAUGUUCUCCAAAAAUGCUAAAACUUUUCUUACCUUAUUAUACUUCCAUGCCAUUAUCUAGAAUUUUAUACUACGCCACACUUCCUAUCGAUGAAAACUCUGAUAACUUGAUAUAUUUAGAUCCAGAAAUUAACAACCGAAGUCAUUAUCUGAAAAAUAUAAAAAAAAUAAGAAACGAGUGCAUCGAAAUUGCUUUGAAGGAUCUGGUCUUUAGGCGUGCAAUUAAAUUACCUGUUCCAAAAGAAGAAAUUGAGUUAAUGGAUAAACUAAUUUCAAGCGACAAAAAUAUCAGUAACAUUGUAAGCAACUACAAAAAAAGAAUCUCUGACAUUUAUUUCGUGAAUAUAGAAUUAGGCGAUAAAAAAAUUAAAAUGUCUGAUUUUCUAAUGUUAGCUUAUAACGAUAAAAAAGUCAAAUUAUUGGCGCAAGAAGAAAGUUCACUGGAUGCCUUUAGCGAUGGUUACCGCAGGUUGGAUCGUGACAAUAAUUUCGAUGAUUACUUUCAGGCUCCAGUUUUUGGGAGGGUAAUAUAUGCCAGAAAAAGAUUGAAACAUCUCGAAAACUUAAAAAAAGUUUCUUCUCUUAGAGAAGCUAUACCGUUGCCAUAUGAAGUGGUUUUGGAAAUUGUUGAGUACCUAAACAACCUGCACUUAGACAUGUUUAUAAAAGCUUUUUAUAGUUUGUAA